GCGACCAUGUUCAAUGUGUCAAAAGCAGAAGUAAAAAGAGAUCUUCUCUACGCUGCAAAAGAAUGCUCUGACAGAGGAUUGUUUCAUUCUGCUAAAUGGUCAGCUGAACUUGCGUGUUCCUUGAACAUAUCCAYCACAGCCCAGCUGGUUCCUCAGGUUGACUACCAAGACUCGCAAUUUAUUCAAGAAUUUGAUGUAUUCUCAUUGGGCAAGUCKCUCUUUGAUUGCAAAGAGUUUGAAAGAGCUGCGUUCUUCCUGAAAGACUGUCAAAGCAAUAAGGGAUUGUUUCUUCAUAUGUAUUCUAGAUUUUUGGCUGGAGAAAAGCAUAAAAAUGAYAAUCUUGUGGAUAUCCUAGGACCUCAGGAAGUUAUUGAAAAUAAAGAACUAACUUCACUAAGAGAGAUGUUUUCUGAAAAGCACAAGACUUURGAUGGAUUUUGUUUGUAUUUAUAUGGCGUGGUUCUCAAGAAGUUGAACCUCAAGCAAGAAGCCCUGUCAGUUUUAUUAGAAGCAGUUGACAAAGAGCCUUUGCACUGGGGAAGCUGGUUAGAAUUGGGCUCCUUGAUAACAGAUAAAGAUAUGUUGCAUAGCCUUACUCUGCCAUCACAUUGGAUGCAAGAGUUUUUCUUAGCCCAUGUUGCCAUAGAGGUGCAAGUAAAUGAAGAAGGUUUGCAGAGAUACCAUGACCUUGCCACUACUGGAUUUARCAAGAGUAGCUAUGUGCUUCUACAGACAGCACUUGCUAGCUAUCACACUAGAGACUUUGAUAAAGCAGUUGAAUUGUUCACCGAUUUACAAAAGAAAGACCCCUACUCAUUGGACCAAAUGGAUACAUAUUCUAAUAUACUAUAUGUAAAGGAAAUGAAGCCUGAGUUGAGCUAUCUUGCUCAUCAUACAUGUCAAAUAGAUAAAUACAGAGAGGAAACAUGUUGUGUUAUAGAGCAAACGUAG